GAUUAUCUUUGUUCCAUUUUUAUUUGUCAUCUCUGAUGUUUCUCAAACUUUUUUUAGCUCAUUUAUUUUUCUUUCUCUUGUCUCUCCCCGUGUUUAUUGUGAAAGCGACGACCGGAAAAAGCCCUGAGUUCAUUCCGUCUCACUUGACUCUGCUCUCUGUCCCCCCGCGAGUACCCGCAAACUGGCAUGAGUUUAGGAUCCGUGAGUGGAAAAAAGAGGGGGGAAUGAACAACACGCCGCCUGGAUUACGGUUGCUCAGGCCUCCGACGGUGAUAGGCCAGUUCCACACCUUGUUCUUCGGCUCGGUGCGGAUGUUCUUCCUGGGCGUCCUUGGCUUCGCUGUCUAUGGGAAUGAGGCGCUGCACUUCAGCUGCGACCCCGAUCGCAGAGAACUCAACCUGUACUGCUACAACCAGUUUAGACCCAUAACACCUCAGGUCUUUUGGGCGUUACAACUAGUGACAGUGCUGGUUCCUGGGGCGGUGUUCCACCUCUACGCAGCCUGUAAAAACAUUGACCAGGAGGAGAUACUUGAACGACCCAUCUACACUGUCUUCUACAUCAUUUCUGUUCUUCUACGCAUCAUUCUGGAAGUCAUCGCCUUCUGGCUACAAAGCCACCUCUUUGGCUUCCAGGUUCACCCACUGUACAUGUGUGAUGCCAGUGCUCUGGAAAAGGCCUUCAAUGUGACUAAGUGCAUGGUACCCGAACACUUUGAAAAAACUAUCUUCCUCAGUGCCAUGUACACCUUCACUGUGAUCACCAUACUUCUCUGUAUUGCCGAGAUCUUUGAGAUACUCUGCCGGCGGCUUGGCUAUCUCAACAACCAAUGACACAAACACGCAAGCACACACAAUGACAAAGGUUAAACAUUUGUGACGCAAUUUUAGCCCGUUUUAUCAGGCUCUUGGUUAGCAGGAAGCUAGCAAAAGAGCAAAACAAUACCUGUGGUUGGUCUGAAAUAUUCUCUAGGUGUUACUUGACUUGAACUAUUGAGUGAUCAAUCCUAGCUGUAUUUCAGAUAUCAGUGUGUCCGUACUGGAUGUGUCCAAAGGUCUUGUAUGGAAGUGAUGGUAAGAGAAUAUGCAUCUCUGACUGUGAACUGUUGGUGGAUGACAUGGAAGGAGUUCUGGGGGGUUUUUCUCCACAAGAUGGCUAAAAGACAGUAGUCAUCUCCAAGGUGCUGCUAAAACCUGUGAGCUUGGUGGAAUUUUAAACCCGGGGACAGCCCAGUUUGUCAUGACCUUGGUGGCCCGUAACCACUGUAGUGUCCUGGAGUUGUACGCAGUCUUACAUUAGAUACAGUUUGCUAGCAUUAGCUGUACCUACUUGUCAUUUAACUGGGGGCCUGUUGGGUCUGAAAAUACCUUCAACACGACCUGUAGAACAGAGAUAGGCCUUCUCACACAGGCAAUUCAUCUCAUGCGCCAGAGAUGGUUCAGUUCUCUUCCAUGAGAUGUAAAGAAGUAUGCAAGAAACUAUGAAUUUAGACAAUGGAAACAUUAAAAAAAACGGCUGUAAUGAAGAACAUUACUCUUGGGGGUCAAAGAUCUCCCCAAAGACGCAAAAUGAACGUUAAAUUAAUUUAUUUAAUAGCACAUAUAUAUAAAACAGGUUUAAAAGUUCAAACAUGUAUAGUCUGAACAAUUAGUGACUUUCAUCUAUUAUUUAAGUUGGGUAUACAAAUGUGUUGAUAUGAAAAAUUUCAAAGAUAUUUAAAAGUUAUUCUAGUUGAAAUGUUAUGAAGUAUCUGGGAAAAAACGAUAUGGAUACUGCAACUAUUUGUGCCUAGAUUUCAACACAGUUGUGCGAACAAAUAAGCUUGUACUAAUUCAGAAAUUACUUAAUGUGAUUUUGCCUUUGGCGUUACUGUCAGUGUACUUUGAAAAUGAUUACCUCUAAUGUUUUUUUUUUUUUUUUUAAUCAGACAUCCAUCCAACUUUUGUUGUGAAGUUUUCAGCAAUCUGUUUAUCAUCUCAGGUACAAAAUUGCAUUACCAGACAAAAGUGGAUCAAUUCCUCAUCUCGAAUCCUUUUCAACCCUCAGACGAUCUUUUCCCCGCUCUGAGGGAUCCUCUCAACCAAGAGUGCCAAAGAGAUUGAUACUCUAUAGGGUUUACGAGGGUUUGAAACAGGAAUGUGACUCCCGUGGUUUUGGUUCAUCUGCGUUCUGCUAACUGUUAAUGAAGGAUGGUUUUAAAAGUUGCCUCUUAAAGUUUUACCGCCAAGACUUGUGCCUCAUAUCAAUUCAAUUAAAAAAAGUCUAAUUCCAUAUUUGCACUGUUGAGCUCACAUAGAAGAACCCA